UCAAGCAAAAGGUGAAGGAUCAAGGAUCACCAUUUAGUGGAAUUACUCUAUGCUAAGUCCAGACUGGAUCGGGAGGACUUAUGUUGAACUGUGGGCAUUUAAUCUCAGUUGUCACACUCAAGUAGUGAGAUAUUGAACAUCUAGGAGCUCCGGGACAAGAAGAAUCUUCCUCGCUUGCUUUUUAAAGCUUUGCAUCCAUGCAACCAUCUGUUUUUUACCAAAAUGCUUCCUCCUACGUGGGCCCACAGGGGGAACCCCCUUUGUCACGCGCUGGCUUCAUCCUUCUCUCCAUCAUUAUGGGAAUUUUCACCGGUCCCGCCAUCGUACUCAACGCUACAGUGAUCAUCGUGUCCCUCAUGCACAAGCAGCUGAGGCAGCCGCUCAACUACGCUCUGGUGAACAUGGCUGUGGCUGACCUGGGCACAGCCAUGACUGGAGGGGUGCUGUCUGUGGUCAACAACGCCCAGGGGUACUUCUCCCUGGGAAGAACAGGCUGCGUGAUGGAGGGCUUUGCGGUGGCCCUGUUUGGUAUCACAUCUCUGUGCACAGUUGCUCUAAUCGCAGUGGAGAGGAUGUUUGUUAUAUGUAAGCCAUUGGGGCAAUUUACCUUCCAAAGAAAGCAUGCCUGGGGAGGGAUUGCUUUAUCCUGGUUCUGGUCCCUCACUUGGAAUUUACCGCCCCUGUUUGGCUGGGGCAGGUAUGAGCUGGAGGGCGUGGGGACGUCCUGUGCACCAGACUGGCACAGCAGAGACCCUAUAAACGUCUCCUACAUCUUGGCUUACUUUGCUGUGUGCUUUGCAGUUCCCUUUGUCAUUAUCUUGGCUUCCUACGGAAAGCUAAUGUGGACACUGCACCAGGUAUCAAAGAUGGCCUGUCUGGAAGCUGGUGCAGUAGCUAAAGGAGAGAUGAAGGUGGCGUCCAUGGUGGUUCUAAUGGUCCUGACAUUUCUGAUCAGCUGGAUGCCUUAUGCCAGCCUGGCCAUGCUGGUGGUCUACAACCCAGAUGUGGAGAUUCACCCGCUGGUCGGCACAGUGCCUGUUUACCUAGCCAAGAGCAGCACUGUGUACAACCCCAUCAUCUACAUCUACCUCAACAAACAGUUUCGUAAAUACGCAGUGCCAUUCCUGCUGUGUGGUAAAGAGCCCUUGGUGGACGAUGAUGCAUCAGAGGCAGCAACGACUGUGGAGCCUCCAAGUGGCAAAGUGUAUCCCGCCUGAAAUCUACACACAUUCCUUAAAGUGAUUCUUGCCUGAAACAUGUACUAUUUAGUUUCCACAUCCUUUUUGUCACUUGCUACACACACAUCAGCAAAACUAGAAAUGCAGUGUUUGAAUGUUUGUGUAUUUUAACUGUGAUUUUAUAGUAGAUAUGAAGCUUUCUUUAAUGUCAGGUGUAGAGACUGUACAGUGUUUGUGCUCUAAAAAGUGCAGAAUACAAAUGAAUGAGAAGAGUAAUUCAGCAUAAGUUUAUUCAAUGAUGAUCCAUAGAAAAUAAAAUAUCAGUAUCGAUUCAAAUAAAGUCAAGGCCAAAAUAAAAUGAAAAAUACAAAAAAAUGCAUUGAUAAAAAACCUAGAAGGUUAUAGUAAAGCAUUUGCUACUAAGAGAAAUGAUGUUUACCGAAUAAAAACAUUAAGGAGCAAAUAUCAAGACUUUCAAGUAGAGAACAUUACCAUGGGUCUUUCCAUACUUUUGUACAUAUUUUACAUUAUCUUCUAUUUUAAUACAGCUUUCAGAACAUUAAUAGUUGUAAUAGUAAUUAUAAUCAUAACAAUAUGAAGAAAACUGAUAGAAACGUUCAAAUCAAUAUGUGUUUCUCUGUAAACUGUUACCAUUUUAUUUUUUCCCUACCUGCUAACAGAG